AUGCCUCACUUCGUCCCCGUCUACGACCCCGAGCGGCCGCGGGCUGAGCAGAGUGCGGACGACGCUGCGCUCCACAAGCAUCGCAGAUGGGACACGCCGCACGCAGUCUUGCCGUCGAAAUCCCGACGCGCAGACGAUGAAAAAGACGAACGGCCUGUCAAACUCAAACCCGUGCGAAGCACCAUGGUCAGGAACGCCAAGGGGCUGUGGGUUCCCGCGGCGCAGGCGGCCGCAGAGGCGGAGCGCGAAGAGGAACGGCUCCAGGCGGCGCUGCAGAAAUGGGGAGACGAGGGCCUUGCGGAUGAAAAAGCCGGGAAAAAUCCCGAAAAAUCUGAGAAAAUCGGGGCAGGCUCGGACGACCGAGCCGAUCAGGGCGCAGAGGAAGGGACAGAACAUCGCAGAGACAGGCGGUCGCGGAGCCGCAGCGCAAGCGAAAGACGCAGAGGAAGUGCGAGAGGGAGGUCGGAGGAAAGUUCCAGGCACAGGCGAAGGCGCGAGUCGUCUGACGACGAUCACUACCACCGAGGCCGCAGCGCCGUGCGAAGAAGAGAACAGAGGAGUCGGAGACGCUCGCUCUCCUCCAGCGCCUCGCUGAGUCCAGAUUGCGACGUCCGUCGAGGCUCUCGGCACCGGCACAGAGACAGCAGACGCCGCGGCAGCAGAGAGAGGUAUGAGCGUGGAGAGUGCGGGCGGAGCGGAAGAGAGUACGAACGCGAAGGAAGACUGAGCCACGAGACGCGAGAGACGCUGGCCGCGGUCAGCGCGCCGUCCGGCGAGAUCGAUAUGUUCGACUACAUGAGCAAGAAGCAGCGAGCUUUGCUGAAGAAAACAGCGGAAAGCGCCUCUCGAGAUCGUAGCGCAAACAUGCCAGGAAGAAACGCCGCCUCUGGAAUCUACCGAGCCGGCGAAACCUCGGAGAGACAAAGGGCAUUCGGGUCCUUUCGCCAGUGGCCGUAG